AUGGGACAACUGAACCAUACAGUAGUGGCAGAGUUUGUUCUCCAGGGAUUAUCACAGAUCUGGGAGCUGCAGCUGUUCCUCUGUUGUCUCCUCCUGCUCUUCUAUGUCAUCAUCCUACCAGGAAACAUCCUUAUCAUUGUGACCAUUUUGAAAUAUUCCCAUCUGGGAUCCCCCAUGUUUUUCUUCUUGGCCAAUUUGGCUUUGAUGGACAUCUGCUAUAGCUGUGUCACCCCUCCAAAGAUGAUAGCCAACUUCUUGGCUGGCUGCAGAACCAUCUCCUACAGGGGCUGCAUUGCUCAGCUUUUCUUCAUUCAUUUUCUGGGUGGGGCCGAGAUCAACCUCCUUAUUGCCAUGGCUGUGGAUCGGUAUGUAGCCAUCUGCCACCCACUGCACUAUGCCACUGUGAUGACCAGGGUGGUUUGCUGGACAUUAGUUGUAGGUUCAUGGGCAGGAGGAUUCAUACAUUCUAUAAUCCAGGUGAUUCUCAUCAUACCACUUCCUUUCUGUGGCCCCAAUGAACUGGACAAUUUCUUUUGUGACAUCACCCAGAUCGUCAAGCUGGCUUGCACCAACACUUAUGCAUUAGAAUUUGUCAUGUUUGUUAAUAGUGGUCUGGUCACUACUGGAUGUUUCAUCCUCCUCCUCAUUUCAUAUGGGGCUUUGCUGGUCAAGGUGAGGACAGGCUCGGGUCAAGGGAAGAGCAAAGCCUCCUCUACAUGCAUCACCCACAUCAUCAUUGUCUUCAUCAUGUUUGGUCCGGCUAUCUACAUCUACUGCCGUCCCUUCCAAGAUUUCCCCUUCGACAAGAUAGUGGCUUUUUUCCACACUGUGGUCUUUCCUUUGAUGAACCCCACAAUCUACACACUGAGAAACAAGGAGAUCAAAGUUGCUAUGUGGAGACUGAUGAUGAAGUAUAAAAUUUGUAAAAUAGACUUCUUAAACAAAACUUGA